GGGAGGCUCCGGGCGCGGGCCAGCCAGCGGGGGAGCGACCUCGGCCACACGAGGCCCCUGCUGGGCCUCCGCUGCCUGCCUAUCUGGUGCCUCCCGGGGGCAGGGCCAGGCGCCCACCCGUGCGAGCAGCAGAGGCGCCUCGUGCGGAGCGUGAAGGCGGCGGGGCGGGCUCGCUGCCGGGUCGGGGCUGAGGGCUUUCCCGUGGGGGCGCACCCAGGCCUACUCCCGCUCUGGCCUUCCCGACUGGGCCCGCGUCCUGAAGUGACCUCAGCCUGACCUCGGCCAGCUGUUGUGACCUUGGCCUGCCCCAGCACCCUUGCUCACCUCGGCGUGAUCCCCGGCCCAGCAUCCGAGAACACGCCUCACACCCAGUCCUCAUGGGCCACUCACGGUCGCGGGGCAAUGCCCUGGUCGUCGAAGUCUGGCCUGUCCCGGGGCCGGAAAGUGAUGCUGUCAGCGCUGGGCAUGCUGGCGGCAGGGGGUGCAGGCCUGGCUGUGGCUCUGCAUUCUGCCGUGAGUGCCACCGACCUCGAGCUGCACCCCCCCAGCUAUCCGUGGUCCCAUCGCGGCCUCCUCUCUUCCCUGGACCACACCAGCAUUCGGAGGGGUUUCCAGGUGUAUAAGCAGGUGUGCUCCUCCUGCCACAGCAUGGACUAUGUGGCUUACCGGCACCUGGUGGGCGUGUGCUACACUGAGGAGGAAGCCAAGGCCCUGGCCGAAGAGGUGGAAGUUCAGGACGGCCCCAAUGAGGAUGGGGAGAUGUUCAUGAGACCAGGGAAGCUGUCUGACUACUUCCCCAAACCGUACCCCAACCCUGAGGCCGCCAGAGCAGCCAACAACGGAGCACUGCCCCCUGACCUCAGCUACGUCGUGCGAGCUAGGCACGGUGGCGAGGACUACGUCUUCUCCUUGCUCACGGGAUACUGCGAGCCGCCCACCGGGGUGUUGCUACGGGAAGGCCUCUACUUCAAUCCCUACUUCCCUGGCCAGGCCAUUGCCAUGGCCCCUCCUAUCUACGAUGAGGUCUUGGAGUUUGAUGAUGGCACCCCAGCUACCAUGUCCCAGGUAGCCAAGGAUGUGUGUACCUUCCUGCGCUGGGCAUCUGAGCCAGAGCACGACCAUCGCAAACGCAUGGGGCUCAAGAUGUUGAUGAUGAUGGGCUUGCUGUUGCCCCUGGUCUACGCCAUGAAGAGGCAUAAGUGGUCAGUCCUGAAGAGCCGGAAGCUGGCUUAUCGGCCACCCAAGUGACCCUGACUAGUGUCUGCUUGCUGUAUUGCUUGAAUGGGCCCUCAAGCCAAGGAGCCACCUGUGGCCUCUUCAGGCCCCAGCUGGCCUUCUUGGCCAAGCCCCUCUUCCUCUGGGACAAGUGGGGAUGGGGCAGGAGACAGAGCUCAAGCUCCAGAUCCUCCAGCCUGUAUCAUGGAAAUAAAUUAAGUUUCUCAGUGGACACAUUUGAA